AUGGCUUCUUGUAAGUUCUUCUCGAUCAUUGUUCUAGCUGCUUUGAUCUCGCUCUUCACCAAUGCUCUGUCUCCUGAGGAUUUCAAUUGCUUUUCUCUGAAAGUUAACCUGACUAUAUAUUACGACACCCUUAGCACGUACUGUGAGGAAUUCAUUAUAUAUGAACUCCCAAAGGCAUUUGAGCUAGAUCUCAUGCAGAUUAUCAACCUCCGGCUAGUACCAUAUGGAAAUGCUUACAUCCAAGAACCUAACAACACCAUCAUUUGCCAGAAUGGUCCAGCUGAAUGCUACUUGAACAGUAUAGAAGCUUGUGUGAUCAACAUCUGGCCGGAUGUGAAUAAACAUUUCAGUUUUGUUCACUGUGUUGCGUGGCAAAACUUGAGACGAUUACAGUUAGAAGAAGAUGAAUGGAAAUCAUGUUCUAAAAUAAUGAUGAUGAGUGACAAACUUGUCUCAGAUUGCUAUGAAAGCGGAUGUGCAAAAAAGCAUUUCUAA